ACUGUUUCUCUAUUUUUGAAGUCGUUUUUACGUGUUUACAGUAGUGAUUUUACCUUAUAAUUCAAACAAUAAAACAAAACAAUCUGUCGCCAGUGCACGUAUAGAGUUAUCACGAAGUUAUCCAGCAAUAGUUAGGCACAGGAAAAAUGCAGCAAGAAAACAUUUUAGCCACAUUCAAAAUUCUAAUUAUAGGCGAAAGUGGAGUUGGAAAAUCUAGUUUAAUGUUACGAUUCACGGAUGAUGAUUUCGACAAGGACCAAGCGUUGACCAUCGGAGUGGAUUUCAAAACAAAGAUCGUGGAGAUUGACAACGUAAAAGUCAAACUGGCCAUCUGGGACACAGCUGGACAGGAACGGUUUCGAACGUUGACCCCUAGCUAUUACAGAGAUGCACAGGGUGCAAUUCUGGUCUAUGACGUCACGAAAAAGGAAACGUUCCAGAAGCUGGAAUCCUGGCUGAACGAGCUCGAAAUCUACGGCACCAGGAAUAACAUGGCGAAAAUGAUCGUCGGAAACAAGAUAGACUCGGCAGAUCGAGCCAUCACCAGAGACGAUGGUUUCCGGUUUGCGAAGAAACAUCGUACCAUGUUCAUUGAAACUUCGGCCAAGACGAACGAGGGAGUACGGGAUGCAUUCGAGGAGGUGGUUAGGAAGAUAAUGGAAACGGAUGGCCUUUGGGAGCGCAACGAUUACGGUGAUUCACUAGAUCUGAACAGGCGAGGAAACCAAGAUGGAUCAUGCUCCUGCUAAUAACAGCGGGCCGGAACUAAGAAAUAGUAAAUAUCGUGUGACUAAGCCAUAAGUAUGUGUAAUUUGCAACGUUGCUUCGAUCGAUUAGAAUGUAUUCAAUGUGUAUCAAAUCAACUAGGAAUAUUGAAUAGGGGUAGGUAUAACCAAAGCGUUUGCCUACCACUUAAAAAACACAUCUGAUAGAACAAUGAUAUUUUAUAUAAAAUUUAAAAAGCAUGAAAAAAAAAAACUAAUGCAAAUAAACUAAAUAACAUUCAGUAAACUAAUAAAUUCAAAGGUGUAGCUUAGAAUCUAUUUAUUAGAAAAUAAAAGUGUAAUCCGAUGGGUUACUGCUACCCUGCUACCUAUUAUUUAUCGUGUAGAAAAUUAAUUUUAUUGAUAAUAAAGG